CUCCUUAGUUUCCCCGUAUAAGUCUCGAGAGUUUGACAUUCACUGGACAUACCUAUUACUACCCAUCAAUACCCACCAUACACAUUAUGUGGUCCUGGAACACCCAGCCGGAUUCGCACGCGCAACGCAAGUUCAUCGAGCUUAUAUUCGAUCGAACCGGAAAAUAUCCCAACUGGGACCCACCCUCGGAGAUUACAGUUGGGUCGUACGGAAGGAUCGACAGAGACACGGGAAAUCUGAACAUCGAAGGUUCCAUAUACUCAGAUCAUUUCAAAGAACUUCUCAUCGAUGCAGGUAUCAACCCUGAAUCUGGCGAGCAUCUUCCCGAAGACUGUCCAGAGGAGUCUGAAUUCACAACUUGGUCUAAAAACGUGAAACGCAUCGAAUCGAAGGUCGAUUCUCAAGCAGCUGUCCCUGAGAUUGCCACAGCUGCAAUCAAAGGAACAUGGCAAGCCAAGAAAGGCACCACUGGCGCUGUCUUCCUCAUGAGCAACCCUCGCAUGAAACGCAUUACUUCAGACGCUAUCGGGAAGCUCGCGAAUAUUCGGCUCCUUCAAUCCAUGCAUCUCGUUACCAAAACCUUCUCUUGCCCUGCCUUCUAUAUGCACCUCUCAGAUACAAGCGGUGAAAGCUUUUCCAUAGCUCUUCUAGGUUCCGCGCCUAGUGUGGGCGCAGUUGAUGCUACGGCCCCGAUGAGAUGGUGGAGUGACACGCAAACUGGAUUAGCACGCAGCGGAUGCAAAACGGAGCAUUGUUAUACCCCUUUGUAUGAACUGUUGCAUGUCAGGCAUCCUCGUAACAGGCGCACGUCGCCCUCCCCAGUACGUACAGGUGAAAUGCUGUGAGUGCACUCUUUGCUUUUUAUGAUGGACAUGUUGGCUUACCGAGGAGCAUACAAGAUGGAUCACCCCUCCCAUCCCGUGGGCGCCUCUCCGCGAGGAUGGCACAGA